ACUUAGCGCGGACUAAAUCAUAACUAAAACUCUUCUAGGGACAAUGUACAAAGCAGCUGCGGAUUCCCGGACCCGGACCCAUUCGAUCCUGCAAUGCGGGAAUUUCUUGGAGCUCGAAAGGUCGUCAACUGCGCCAAGGUAUCCAAUCCGAUCGGAGAAAUCCUCUUUGUCCAGCAACGCGGAGAACGUGUGCUGAAAAGGAUCCGACCCAUUAAUGACCAUGAUUGCUGCUAUAAACCAAUUUCAACGUCUGGCAACGCCGAUGCGGACUGCACCCCCAUCGAUGCAAGGGCGACAGAGGUGCAAAUACCCAACAGCUCAGACUACACGUUCAUAAAAAUCACGUGCACUAGAGAAGGAGAUUCCACGUAUGCGGACGGAGUUGCAUUUGUGGACGGUGCUGAUGACGAGGAUGAGAGCGAGACGACGAAGGAGGAUGAACACAAACUUAACGUGAUCGUCCUCGGACUCGACAAUACUUCCAGGAUGCAUUUCCUCCGUUCUCUCCCCAAGUCGAACUCGUACUUGGUCAACAAUCUUUCCGCCAUUGUGAUGAAGGGCUACACAAAGGUGGCGGACAACUCUCUGCCAAACAUCCUGCCCGUCCUCACGGGACAAAGCUACGCCGAGUUCACGAAGGGCUGCGCUCCGGAUUCCAAAGCCCACUUGGACAAGUGCCCCUUCGUUUGGAAGGACUUUCAAGAGCGGGGAUACAAGACGGGCUUCUCCGAGGAUGAGAUUGGACUCGCCAUUUUCAACCUCAACUGGGAAAAACCCUUCACGGCCCGUCCCACUGACUUCUACAUCAGUCUAUUCUCAUCACACAUGGAGAAACACCUCGGCCAUGGUCACGACAAAAUGUGCUACGGGACUCGACUCUCCUUUAAAGUCCUGCUCGACAAUAUCGAGAAUAUCGCAGUUGCUCUAAAGCAGCGUCGCAAGCCAUUCUUUCACUUCACCUGGACCACAAAGUUAUCCCACAAUGACUUCAACAAACUGCGUCAGGGUGACCAACCGCUCCUCGACUUUCUCCAGUUCAUGGCUGCCAGUGGGAACCUCAACCGUUCCGCUCUCAUCCUUCUCGGCGAUCACGGAAAUCGAGCUCCCGAAUCUGUCCAGCUGAACUCUGCUGGAAAAAUUGAGGUUCGAAUGCCCGUCCUGUACAUCGUGCUGCCCGACUGGUUCAAGAACAAGUAUUCCCAAGCGUACAAGAACCUUCAGGACAACGCCAACAUGCUCACGUCUCCGUUCGACGUCUACCAAACCAUCAAAGUUUGUAUGAAUUUGACUAAAUUAAAAACCCCUGACGAAGACGACGACGCCAAAAGCGAGAGCGCAAUCACGACAAGAAAACCAACCAGUUUAUUUCGCAAAAUCCCCUCCGACCGUUCCUGCCUCGAGGCUGGGGUCUCGCUCCAUUGGUGCGUUUGUCGUGGGGCUCGAGACCAACGUCCCGCUCCAACCACGACGCCCGACGCCAUCGCCGCCACAGCCGCUGCCAUCGACUUUAUCAACAAUGAGUUGAAGCCUGUCGCGGAAAAAUGUCGGCCUUUAGAACUCAAUGGGCUCAGGUCUGCCUAUCACAUUGACUACGCUGUUGAGCAUGGGGAUAAAUACCCCGGAAUUUCUCAAGCUCUCCGCGUCUACUUUAAGACCGCUCCGGCCGACGCGUAUUUUUCUGCAACGUUGGUGCAAAGGGGUGGAAAUGAGAGUUGGACCAUGACGGAUCAAGCCAUUCGGUUGGAUCAUUAUGGGACGCAGAGUUGGUGCGUCAGUCAGGAGCACAAGACGUACUGUGCUUGCAGAAGGAGCUACGGAGGGAAGUAG